AUGGAUAUCAUUUUUUGUAAAAAAAAGAAUAUAAAUCCAGAAGUACUCUUGAGCAAUGAAACCAUUGUUACUAUAGCUGAAAGUAUUACUUCUACAACCCAUAAUAAAAAAGAAGAUGAACAUAAUUCGGGAAGCCCUUUGAGUUCAAGAAUGGAAUUUGUUUCAGAUACACCUACACAUUCUGAAAUACCCAUAAAAAACAGUGAAUUAGAGCAAAGAUGCAUAAAGAGAAAAAGAAUUGUGUCCAGGAACGAUGUUCUUGAAAAAAUAAGAAUAGACAGACAAAAGCAACACGAACAGAUAGUAAGAAAAAUAGAGGAGCGAAUACAAUUGCAGAGGCAGAAACUGCUGGAAUGUAAAAGGCAAAAUGAUAUACAGGAAGAGAGAAAUGAAUGCUAUUCUUCGAAAGUAUCUUGA